AUGUCUGCAGACCUGAAGAUUGAUAUGGGCCCCGAAGUAUCGUAUGGCCCCAGCGGAAUACGUGGGCUACUUGGCUCCUCUUAUGUAUUUGGUGCUGCCUUUUUGGCUUCGCUAGGCGGCUUCUCUUUCGGCUAUGACCAGGGUGUCAUAUCGAUUAUCAACGUCAUGGACAAAUUCCACGAAGCUUUCCCCCGUACCCAAACUGCUUUCGGUACUAGCUUUAUGACAGCCAUGCUGCUGCUUGGUGCUUUCGUGGGCUGCCUGUUCAUGCCGUACCUGGCUGACAAGAUCUCGCGAAAGUGGGCCUUGACAAUUGUGGUGGUUAUAUUCGAUAUAGGCGCCAUUAUCCAGACCUCGGCCCAGAGUUAUGCUGCCCUGGUUGUGGGAAGAGCGGUCGGAGGGGUUGGAGUCGGCACUCUUGCAAUGAUCUCCCCACCGAAUUUACGAGGUACUCUCCUUGUACUUGAAUCCAUCUCCAUUGUGUCUGGAGUAGUCAUUGCCUUCUGGAUCACUUACGGCACACAAUUUAUGGACGGUGAAGCCUCGUUCAGGCUACCCUUAGGGUUGCAAAUGGUCUGCGCCACAAUUCUCGGAGUCAGCAUCCACUUCUUCCCAUACUCGCCUCGUUGGCUCACUCUAGUCGGCCGCAAUAAGGAAUGCCUAGAGAGUCUGUCGAAGUUGCGGGGUUUACCAGCCACUGAUAGCCGCGUACAAAUGGAGUUCAAGGGCAUCGCCGCAGAGGUAGAAUUCAGCAAGUCCACCUUGGCAAAAAGGCACCCGGGAGCGAGCAGAAUCCAGCUUGAGGUGUUCUCUUGGCUUGAUCUUUUCGACCGCAAGAUGCUACGGAGGACUGCGGUGGGAUGCGGAGUCUGCUUUUUCCAGCAGUUUUCUGGAAUCAACGCUUUCAUAUAUUACGCGCCCACCCUCUUUCGAUCUAUCGGACAGUCGGACAAUAUGUCUCUCAUUCUGUCAGGAGUCUUCAAUAUCUUGCAACUGGUCGCCGUUGCCAUCUGCUUUAUUGUCAUUGACAAGCUGGGCCGAAAGCCUCUGGCCAUCAUCGGCGGUUUUGGGGCCUGUAUAUGUUACAUCGUCAUUGCUGCUCUCGACGGUGUUUACUCAAAAGAUUGGUCGGCAAACACGUCUGCUGGCUGGGCCUGCGUAGCUAUGGCCUUCUGCUUCAUCCUUGUAUAUGGCGUUUCCUACUCACCUCUGGGCUGGGCCUUGCCUUCGGAGGUAUUCCCCAACUCUAUGCGCGCGAAGGGCGUCGCUCUGGCCACAUGUGUCAACUGGAUAUCUAACUUCACCGUUGGUAUUGCUACCCCUCCCAUGAUUCAGAGCAUUGGCUUCGGAACCUACAUCUUUUUCGCUGCUUUCUGUGGGCUUGCCGGUGUCUGGGCUGUGCUUCUAGUCCCCGAGACGAAGGGUAAGACUUUGGAAGAGAUAGACAUACUAUUCGGGGACGCCACCGGAGAGGAAGAGAGGGAAAUGAGAAUCGCAACUGCUACGGCAGAGCAGAUCCUUGCCACUCUUAUCAGCCAGGAGGUAUAA